AUGUCUAGUUUAAGAACAAGUUAUACCCAGUUUUCGAUUAUGGUAGAGUUCAUGGAGAAAAACGGGGAUUUAUCGAAGUGUCAAAAUUCACCAAGUGGACGACUGUGGACAAUGAAAAAGUGGCAAGAGUUAACAGAUAUGCUCAAUAGUCAAGGUACUCGAGAAGCUCGUAGUGAAGAAAAAUGGCGAAAAGUCUGGAGUGACUUUAAAAAUAAUACUAAAAGAAAAUUAGCUAAAAUAACUCACUCUUUGCAAGGCAGGGGUGGUAGACCAACCACAAGCAAAUGUCUCACGGAACUAGAGCAAAGAGCUCUUGCAAUUACUGGUAUCCUAACAACUAUUGGACCAGCAACUGAAAGUUUUGGCAGUGCGGAAUGCACAAUAGAAGUGGAAGAAAAGAAUAUUAAUCCUACUUUUGAGAACCUAAUCCUAGUUCCAACUACAACAGCCCUCGUUACAGAUGGUGCAGAUUGGAAUAAUUCUGAGUCCAGUAAAGAUAAAGAUGAAGAGUCAAUACUACCAAUGUCCACCAUGUCACCUCUAAGAAUCAAAACUUCGCCAAAAUCAUCUCCUCCUGACUCUCCUCAACCAUACCUUCAACAAAAAAGAAAGAUGGAUGACAGAGACGAUGAUGAUGAAGAUGAAUAUUUAGCUAGAUGUGAAUCUUCACCAAAGGAGGAAACCAGAGAGAGAGAUAGGAUGUAUGUUGAGUUAGAGAAAGAGAAGUUGUAUGCAGAGUUGGAAAAAGAAAGAAUUCGUCAGAGGGAUGUUGAGCUUCGUCAACGUGAUACUGCAUUACAAUUGCAAGCUCAGUGGUUGGAGUUAGCAAGAUCGGGCUUGAAUAUUUUAGAUAAAUAUUUGAAUGACAAGAAAUAA